AUGGCCACGAACCAUGGUUCCUGCAAAGCUACGGAGCAAAAUCCACAGACAACAAACUACACGGCAUACAGUAAUGCGGAACUGAUCACGCGAAUCACGGCUCUCGAGCGCCAACUAAGGGAGCAGACCGAGCGACUGGCGACGCUCACGACGAGCACGAGCAAUAACACUUCCUCCGCUUCAUCGCUCCCGACUCAACUUCAGCCUCCAUCUACAACCGCACCGCUUCAAAGAAGACGGUCGGAAUCCCCCUCACGGCGCACCCGCACCUUCGAUCCCCGCGCAUACUCGACACGGCACAUCGCAUUGAAAUUCGCGUACCUGGGGGGCCGGUACAAUGGCUACGAGCACGCAAAUGGCAACGUGCUGCCCAAGCCGACGAUCGAGGAGGUACUAUGGAAAGCACUGCGUAAGGCGCGACUGAUUAGCCCGCCUGUCGAGGAUGGGGCGGAUGCCUCGAUGAAUGUCGUCUGGGAGGAAGAGCGGAGGUUCAGUAUGUACGCAGGCAAAGGCGAAGGCGAAGGCGAAAGCAGAGGGCAUGGGCGGGACGAGGGGAAAGAGAAGGACGGGCAAGGAAAGGUCAGACUGGAUCUGAACUGGGAGGGGUGCCAGUAUAGUAAGUGCGGCAGGACGGACAAAGGAGUCAGCGCUUUCGGGCAGGUCAUUGGGAUUAGGGUUCGGAGUAAUCGGCCCAUCCAAAAGGAGGAGGAUCAUCAAGCUACGAAGUCAAGCCGGGAGAAUGGACACAUUGACAGAAAAGACGUAGAAAGGUCUCUGUCCGGCAAAGUGGAAGAUGCCAUGCCCUCGAUCGACGCUGACGAUCUGGAAGCAGAAACAUACGUCAAGCCAUUCGACCCGAUCAAAGACGAGCUAUCGUACGUGUCUAUCCUCAACGCCAUCCUACCUCCAGACAUCAGAAUACUGGCCUGGUGCCCGGAUCCGCCGCCAACUUUUGACGCCCGGUUCUCCUGCCGUGAACGUCGGUACAAAUAUUUCUUCACGAAUCCUGCAUUUUGCCCGACCCCGGGUCCGUCGGGGAUGCGGGAUGCCAAGGGGAACCCCGCGGAGAUGAGGGAAGGGUGGCUCGAUAUCGACAAGAUGCGGGUGGCGGCGAAGAAAUUGGAGGGCCGGCAUGAUUUUCGGAAUCUGUGCAGGAUUGAUCCGAGUAAACAGAUGUCGAGCUGUGAGAGGAGAGUGACGUUUGCGGAUGUGCUGGAAUUUGAAGAGCCGGGGAGAGCCUUUGGGGCCAUGGAGGGGCUGAACCAGUUUGCCUCCCCAGACCACCAUAGGCGGCCGGUGUCUCCCACAGGUGGUCCGAAGGUGUAUACGUUUUGUGUCCACGGGACGGCAUUCCUCUGGCAUCAAGUCCGGUGCAUGGUGGCGGUGUUGUUCCUUGUCGGGCAAGGAUUAGAAGAGCCCAGCAUUAUCGAUGAAUUGCUUGAUGUGGAGAAGAACCCGUGCAGACCGCUCUAUGAGAUGGCCGAUGACGCGCCGCUGGUCCUCUGGGACUGCGUAUUCCCGGACGACGAGACAGACAUGAAGGACUCGAUGAAAUGGCUAUAUGCCGGGGAUGCGGCGAAUGUCCCCGCUCUCACGACGACCAAGAGUGAUGGCAAAUUUGGAGUGGGUGCUGUCGUCGACGAAUUGUGGAGUCAAUGGCGAAAGGCAAGGAUUCAAGAAACUCUGGCGGGGAGUCUGUUGGAUUUGGCCAUCAGUCAAGGCGACGGGACGUCCCUGCAGAGAGAUUCUCAACGAGAACCCCGCAAUGGGUUGUAUCGGAGCCAGAAGAUCUUUGAUGGCAGUGAGACGGCGAGAUUGGUGGGCAAAUAUGUGCCUGUGAUGAAGAAGCCGAAGAUGGAUUCCCUGCCGGCACAGAAUGCCAAAUGGGCGAACGGGCGUCAAAGUCGCCGCGAAGGGAAGAGUUCUCUGGGCACGAAUGGAGAGGAAAGUGGUCGUGCCUGA